CUAUGUCUCUCUUUCUAUCCGCUAAGCUUCUGUGCCUGCCUAUGACUCUCACUCAUUUCCCUCAAAACAACACAAAAAGAGAAAACAGAGAGAGAAAGAAACAAGAGAGACAAACCUCGCCGCCGGCGAACCCCUACACCGGAAUCACACAACACCACAGUAAUGUCACGCGCCACCGUUAGUCGCCGGAAAAUGCAUUGAUUCUCGAGCCACCUUAGAAAAACUCACACACUCGCAUCACCGCAAAGAGAGAAAACAGAGUAAAGUAAAAAUGCGUGAGACGGCACUCGCGUGUGAAGACCUCGCCGACGACGUGGUCUCAACCACGAAGAAGAACAAGCCGGAGCCGGAGAAGGAGGACCGGGAGAAGCCAUCUCCGGUGGCGGUCGCCGGGAGGAGCAGGUCUCAGGGAGCAGGAACCCGGAGAGUGACGCCGGCGAGCGUGACGGCGGUUUCCGGCACCGGAUCCGCGGUGGAGAGGGUGCUCCCGAACGGAGAUUUCUACGCCGGGAGCUUCUCCGGCACCGUCCCUCACGGAUCCGGGAAGUAUCUGUGGACGGACGGGUGCAUGUACGAGGGGGAAUGGAAGCGCGGUAAGGCCUCCGGGAAGGGGAAAUUCUCGUGGCCCUCCGGCGCCACCUACGAGGGGGAGUUCAAGUCGGGUCGGAUGGAAGGAUUCGGAACGUUUGUCGGGUCCGACGGCGACACCUACCGCGGGUCGUGGAGCUCCGACAGGAAGAACGGGUUCGGCGUGAAGCGAUACGCGAACGGGGAUGUGUAUGAAGGGUGGUGGAAGCGGAAUCUGCAAGACGGGCAUGGCCGUUACGUGUGGCGGAACGGCAGCGUCUACGUCGGAGAGUGGCGGAACGGUGUCGUUUCCGGGAAGGGGAAGUUUGAGCCAGCUGAAGGGUUGGUGAAGGUGAAGAGUGGUGGUGGGUUGUGGGGUGGUGACGAUUUUGCCCUUGCGAUGAGGAAACGGUCUUCGGUGGAUACUGUUAGCGGGAGAGGGAGUGUGAAUGAGAAGAGCUUUCCGAGGAUUUGCAUUUGGGAAUCGGAGGGUGAAGCUGGUGAUAUCACAUGUGAUAUCAUUGAUAAUGUGGAAGCUUCGAUGUUCUAUAGGGAUGGUACUGUUUCGGAUCGUGAUGAUGGGUUGUUGUUUAGGAAGAACCCUUGUUGUUUCCCUUCGGAUGUGAAGAGACCUGGUCAAAUGAUAUCCAAGGGGCAUAAGAAUUAUGAGCUGAUGCUUAAUCUGCAGUUGGGGAUAAGGUACUCUGUUGGGAAGGAAGCAUCGAAGUUGCGAAUGCUUAAAUCGAGUGAUUUCGAUCCCAAGGAGAAGUUCUGGACCAGGUUUCCACCUGAAGGAACCAAGCUUACACCGCCCCAUCAAACCGCUGAAUUCCGGUGGAAGGAUUAUUGCCCUGUGGUUUUUAGACAUUUGAGGAAGCUGUUUCAAGUGGAUCCUGCUGAUUACAUGCUGGCUAUAUGUGGGAAUGCUGCUCUCAGGGAGCUUUCCUCUCCUGGUAAAAGUGGAAGCAUCUUCUACUUGACCCACGAUGAUAGGUUCAUGAUAAAGACAGUGAAGAAAUCUGAAGUCAAGGUGCUUUUACGGAUGCUUCGAAGUUAUUACCAGCAUGUGUCUAGAUAUGAGAAUUCAUUUGUGACAAAGUUCUAUGGGGUACACUGUGUCAAACCAAUUGGAGGCCAGAAGAUCCGGUUCAUUGUGAUGGGUAAUCUUUUCUGCUCUGAAUACCCAAUUCAUAGACGAUUUGAUUUGAAAGGAUCUUCACAUGGCCGUACAACUGAUAAACCUGAGGAGGAGAUUGAUGAAACUACCACCCUCAAGGACCUUGAUCUCAAUUUUGUGUUUCGUGUACAGAAAAGUUUGUUCCAGGACCUUAUCAAACAGAUUGAGCGGGAUUGCGAGUUCUUGGAAGCUGAGAGAAUUAUGGAUUACAGUCUUUUGGUUGGCCUUCAUUUUCGUGAUGAUAAUACAUGUGACAAGAUGGGAUUGUCACCUUUUCUUUUACGCACUGGCGCUCGGGAUUCUUAUCAGAGUGAGAAAUUCAUGCGUGGUUAUCGCUUUCUUGAAGCUGAGCUGCAAGAUAGGGAUCGAGUUAAAUCUGGAAGGAAGUCAUUAAUUAGGCCAGGAGCCAAUAUGCCCGCAAGAGCAGAACGAAUGGCACGAAGGAGUGAUUUUGAUCAAUACAACACUGUUGGAAUCAGCCAUUUGGCCCCAUAUUGCAGUGGGGAAACUUAUGAUGUCGUUCUGUACUUCGGCAUUAUCGACAUUUUGCAAGAUUAUGAUAUCAGCAAGAAGCUUGAGCAUGCCUACAAGUCCUUACAGGUUGACCCCACUUCAAUUUCUGCUGUUGAUCCAAAGCUCUACUCGAGGAGGUUUCGUGAUUUUAUCGGGAGAAUAUUCAUUGAAGACUGGUAGCAAUAUGAGUCCAGAAUGACGCUGAAACAUAUCUUGUUGAAGGUUAAACUGCCUGAUUAAUCAUCACAUCCAGUGAAAUUAGCUGGAAGUUCGAAACACAAUACAGAGACGGUGGGGCCUUCGAGUUGAAUGGUUAUUAUCAUGCCCCUUAAUGAUCAAGUGGGGCUGACAGAACAGAAGCUGGCUUGAAUUCAGGUUGUUUUUAUGGCUGAAUUUUGAACAUACAGCCAUGAUGAUGUUUAUGUUGAAGGACAGGGAACAUUGUACAUGGAAGAUGGGGUGAAGUUCAGAGUAUUUAUUAUUUUAUUUUUCGUAAAAAAUGGGGUGGGACUUGUUAAAUUCUUUGUGGUUGGUUACUAAUAGGAUAUGAAUAUGAUGGGAAGCCUAGGAAGAGGGAAUGUUUCCCUGAGAUUAGAUUCAAAAUGCUUGGAUAUAGAGAGAAUAAAGAAAAUGUACAGUUUUUUUAUUUAUAUACAAAAGGGUGUAUAAAUUUUAAGGAAUUGUUUUUCUUUUCUCUUCUUAAAAUCUUGAAUUAUUAUUCUUGA